UAACCUGAUUAAAAAAACACUUUGUCACUAGUGUUGUUGCUAGUAAAUUCUAGCAUAUUUUAGUGUUUUUUAGUAUAUUUUAGAUCUACAUAUUGUUUCAUAGAACUCCGUAUAAUUACAGUGAUUCUUCUUCGCACAGCUUUGAUAAUAAAAGCAUUUAGUAAAUACAAUAUUUAUUGAAGACCAUUGUAUAGUUUUACAUUUAACUAUUUGUUGACUUUUUUUUAAACAUGAAGACGAUUGCAGGAAUAUGUGUUUUAUUUUUUAUAACAAAUGGAUUUGCUGUAGAACCAACACCACCAUCAAAAUCUAAUACAACAACGGCAGUUCCACCGACCUCGACAACAGUUCCUUCUAAUUUGACCACGACAGUUCAUCCUAAUUCGACAACAACUACAACAACAACAACAACUGCUAAACCAAACACGACAACACCUGUACCAACAGAACCACCAAAACCAGAACCACCGACACCUCCACCAACUCCAGCUCCAACGACAAAACCAACAACGCCAACGCCUCCAAAAACAACUGUUAAUCCAUCGCCAACUCCUCAGCCAACCUCAGGAACAACAACACCUGUUCCAACGCUUUCUCCAUCGCAACCAACUGGAGUACCACUACGUCAUUUUGAUGGUUUAAGUUUCAUGGGUGGCAUGAUUCUCACGGUUUGUAUUGUGGGAAUCGGUGGAAUUUCAUGGAAAUUCUAUAAGGCUUGGACGGAUCGCAGUUAUCGUACACUGUAAUUUCAAAUGAUUAGAUUAAUUUUAAAAAAAAAAAUUUCUUCCCCUUUUAUAAUGUUAUCAUUGAGAGAGAUAACAUUAUAAAUUGUGGAUUAAUGAUUUCAAUUAUAAUAAUAUUACGUAUUUUUUAUAUAUAUAUCAGUAACAAUGUAAAAUAUUAAGUGCUCUUAGCACAGAAAAUGUGCAACAUAAGUAAGAUUCAA